AUGCUAAGUUUCAGUAUCAUUUUAAAUAUAAAAAUAACUUUAAAAAUUAUCAGAAUAUUUGCCGAGAGUCAAAGGUUAAGUAAACUUAAUCGAUACAUAUGUAUUACACCUAAUCCUACAGAUAAUAAAGGAAAAAUUCAAUUAAAUGAAAAAUAUGUGGAAUCAAAUCAACAAAAAAUUCUUUGCGUUGGAGUAAGCUGUUUAGAUAUUGUACAAACGUGCAAACAAUAUCCUGUAGAAGAUUCUGACCAAAGAUCUAUAGAAUGUAGAUGGCAAAGAGGAGGUAAUGCAUCUAACUCUUGCACAGUUCUUUCUCAAUUAGGAAGCUCAUGUGAAUUUUUUGGUACUUUAAGUGCUGAAGAACAUUUAAAUUUUUUGCAAAAUGAUAUGCAAAAAUAUAAUAUUGACUUUUCUCACUGUCCUAUGAUAAAAAAAAUAGGAUGUCCUAUAUCUACUAUUAUUCUAAGUCUAAGCUCUGGUUCUCGUACGAUUGUACAUCAUAAUCCAAAUUUGCCAGAGUUAACAUUAAAAAAUUUUGAACAAUUACAUUUAGAAGAUUAUAGUUGGAUUCAUUUUGAGGGUAGAAAUUUGAACGAAGUUUUAUCUAUGAUGCAAUGUGUGGAAAAUUAUAAUAAUAUGCUGAAUUAUAGUCAAGAUAAUAAAGAGAUAGAUAUAAAUCAAGCACCAAUUACUAUCAGUGUAGAAUUAGAAACUCCAAAACAAGAAUUAUUAGAUUUAUUACCUUAUGUUGAUUUAGUAUUUAUAGCUAAAGAUUUUGCUCAAAGUAGAGGAUAUGAAAAUAUGAGUGAAACACUGAAAAAUAUUGGCGAAGAAGCUAAAUCAGGAGCAACUCUUAUAUGUGCUUGGGGUGAUAGAGGUGCUAUGGCAAGAACUCCUGACAAUAUUAUAGUACAAUCACCUGCAUUUCCACCACAAAAAGUUGUGGACACUUUAGGAGCUGGAGAUACUUUCAAUGCUGCAGUAUUACAUUUUUUAAAUAAAGCAAAAUUGGAAUUUAUCAGAAAACAAAAUCUACGAUCAAAUGAAGCAACUAGUGUCUUACAUACAGAUAUAAAAAUGGAACGUAAUAUUAAAAUGAAUUAUAAUAUUGAAAGUUUAGAAUGUAGUCAUACAGAAUUUAUUACACAAAAUGUUUUGCAAGGAGCUGUGACUUUUGGUUGUCAAGUAGCUGGUACCAAAGUUGGCUUAAAGGGAUAUGAUAAAUUAGAUGAAAUUUUUAAAAAUGCCUUAUGUCAAAUUAAAUAAAAUGUGAUAUAAUGUUAUUAUAUUAUAAUAUAAUGAAUUUUAUAUAAAAUAAUAUUAUGUACAUAUUUCAAUGCUAUAUUAAAAGACACAAAAAUAAAUAAAUUUUUUAUCUAUUUUCAAAAUCAAA